CCUUGUUACGAUGUUUGAGCAUGCCGUGUCGGUUUCUUGCGCAUAGCUAAUUGCGAGGCCAAUCACUGCGCUUGCUCUUGCAAGCUACCAUCUUCCCACACCAUUGAACCGUUCUCAUUGGAUGAAAGCGACAGAUGAGAAUUUGGAAGAGUAAAACGCUGUCCGUUAUGUAGAACAAAUAGUUUAAAUAUCUAGACUGAAGAUGGUACUGUACGUACCACUCGAGUAUGUACCCUCCAUACAAAAUACCUUAUUUUUCGAAUAGUAUAUACAUCGUUCUCUGCGACCUUUUUAACGCUUACGAUAUUAUACCUCGAAAUGGAUAUGUUUCUUCGUAUAUCCACGCGCCUCGCAAGGUGUUUCUUACAAACGAAACCGGCGUUUGCUAGAGAUCGACUAAGCGGCCUGAAAUCAUCGCCUUUCCGUGAGCUCCCACCCGAGCUGAUCUACCUUAUAGCAAGCUUUCUGCCACUCGAAUCCGUGGGAAGUUUAAGUCUAUCGUGUCUUCGCCUAUACUUAUGCCUUGAGACAGAGUAUCUUCAGUCUCUCAAACUAGCCGAAUACCCAGUAAUGAACAGAUUCCUUCACUUACUAGAACGAGAUUUACCGUUUCAUAUCGUUUGCCCGGAAUGCAAUAAGCUACACAGUAUGCUCUCUGCUAAACGACACAGAGUAUCCCAACUAUACGUCGCUCCAGAAAAGAAUUCAUUAAAGUGCCGGAUUACGGAUUCAACAGGCCAUUAUAUCGGUGGACUCCCUGGCGGAUUCUCCUCAACCAUCUUCCGCAUGGCUAUAAAAGCCUACAGACAAGGCAAAGAUACCGCAGCCCUCUUAUACCUACUAUCCUAUAGAAAAAUGGAAGGACAUCUAUGGGGCUUCGUAGAGCUCCACAAGGCCGAAGCGCGUAUCUCCGAGGCCGGCUCCCUCCUUAUACGCGAGCAGAAGGUGUAUAUGAUCCCGUCCUCGCAAAAGACUCCGCUGCCUUGGUACGGCGGAUUCGGCAUCUGCCGGCACAUACCCUUUAUGGAGAUGAUGGACCUAUAUUGGUGGGGGAUCCAAGUCCCGGAAGCGGAUGAGCUGAUAGACGAAUAUGAGAAUACGCAACGCAUUAUAUAUUGUCAGUACUGCCACAGCGAGUUCAGAGUUGAUUUUAAGGGCUAUGGGAGGGAGGGGAAUGCAUUGUUUAUUACGCGAUGGAUUGAUUUGGGAGAGGGGAAGGAGGCAGAUGACUUUAAAAGGAGGAUUCGACUUUAUGGCAGUGAGCGGAGGAGAAGAGUCACGUACCAGCGAGGUUCUAUCUGCGCUGCCUUUGAGCAGGAUACUGGGUUUAAGUUUGACUCUACUCUUACUAAACAAGAUGAGAAAGAGCUAACUACAUCAUGUCGUUGGCCAUGGCCUGAUUAUGCAAGAGUAUCGGCUAAGGGGGCUGAAGUAGGUUAUGUGGUUCGAAACGGAAGGCUCGUUCCUAAAUUUUAAAAUGAG